GUGUACAUUCCAGUUCAAAACUCAGAAGAAGAAGUUAGGGUUACUUUAGAUUCAUUACCAAGAGAUGCUUCUGAUAUCCUUGAUAUCCUUAAAGCUGAACAAGCUCCUCUUGAUCUCUGGCUCAUUAUCGCGAUGGAACUUUGGUGAUGCCCACGUUGUGAAAGUAAGAAAUUUAGUGAACAUACGGAUGGUUAUAGCAAUCUCGGCGGAGAAUAAAAAAUCGGAUUUUUAUACACAUGAUUGAACUGAAGAUUAUUGUUAAUUGAUGUAAUGUAGUUUAACUUAACAUGAAUUGAUUGUAUGUGUUGAUGGGGGCGUGAGAAAUCGUGUAGUCAGGGAAUACUUCAAACAAGGAAAAACCAAACAAUUCCUGGAAAUAUUGGAGGAAGGGGCUGGGCCAGAAAUUGAUGAGUAUUAUGCUGAUAUGAAGGCGGAGCGCAUUGCAAUAUUGAAUGCAUUGGGGGCUUACUAUAGUUACCAAGGAAAAAUUGAGACUAAGCAAAGAGAAAAAGAUGAGCAUUUCGUUAUGGCAACACAGUAUUAUAAUAAAGCUUCGAGGAUUGACAUGCUUGAGCCUUCAACUUGGGUUGGUAAAGGUCAGCUUUUAUUGGCUAAGGGUGAUACAGACCAAGCAUCUUCAACAUUUAAGAUCGCACUGCAAGGAAAUCCUAAGAAUGUGUCUGCCCUGCUUGGACAGGCAUGUGUUGAGUUCAGCCUUAACCGUUACACAGAGUCUUUGGACUUAUAUAAGAGGGCAUUGCAAGUGCAUCCCAAUUGUCCUGCGGCUGUAAGGCUUGGAAUAGGUCUCUGUCGCUACAAACUUGGACAAUUUGAAAAAGCUCGGCAAGCUUUUCAACGUGUUCUUCAGUUAGACCCAGAGAACGUUGAGGCUCUUGUGGCACUUGGAAUCAUGGACCUGCAAGCAAAUGACGGGAGUGGAAUUCGCAGAGGAAUGGAGAAAAUGCAAAGAGCUUUUGAGAUAUACCCCUAUUCUGCAAUGGCUUUAAAUCAUUUGGCAAACCAUUUUUUCUUUACCGGUCAACAUUUUCUGGUCGAGCAAUUGACUGAAACUGCACUUGCUGUAAGCGAUCAUGGUCUGAUGAAGUCACAUUCAUACUACAAUUUGGCAAGAUCGUACCAUAGCAAGGGCGAUUUUGAAAAGGCUGGAUUCUACUAUAUGGCAUCUGUUAAGGAAAGCAGUAGGCCUCAAGAUUUUGUAUUGCCUUAUUAUGGCUUGGGACAAGUCCAACUAAAGUUGGGAGAUUUCAGGAGUUCACUUGCAAACUUUGAAAAGGUUUUGGAGGCCUAUCCUGAUAGUGUUGAAAGCAUGAAAGCUGUUGGGCACAUUUAUGUUCAGCUUGGCCAGACUGACAAAGCAUUGGAAAUCCUGCGAAAGGCGACAAAGGCUGAUCCACGAGAUGCACAGGCGUUUCUGGAGCUGGGUGAAUUGUUAAUUGCAUAUAAUCCAGGAGCUGCGUUAGAUUCCUUCAAGACAGCACGUGGUCUUCUAAAAAAAGGUGGUGAAGAAGUGCCAAUUGAACUGUUCAACAAUAUUGGAGUACUUCAUUUUGAGAAAGGAGAGUUCGAGCUAGCUCAACAGACUUUUAAGGAAGCACUGGGUGAUGGAGUUUGGCGUGAUUUCUUGGAUGGUAAACUACACAGUUCAGUUGCGAUCACUCAUCAGUAUAAUGACAUGAAGAUAUUCCAACAACUUCAAGAAAAAGGUGUUUCUGUGGAAUUGCCAUGGAAUAAAGUCACAACACUGUUUAAUCAGGCUAGACUACUUGAGCAAUUGCAUGAAACUGAAAAGGCAACUAUUUUGUACCGUCUGAUCCUUUAUAAGUAUCCUGAAUAUGCGGAUGCAUCUCUGAGGCUUGCUGCUAUUGCUAAAGCAAGAAAUAAUAUUCCACUAAGCAUAGCAUUGAUUGGAGAUGCUCUCAAGGUGAAUGAGAAGUGUCCCAAUGCUUUGUCGAUGCUUGGGAGCUUAGAGCUUAAAAGUGAUGAUUGGGUCAAGGCAAAGGAUACAUUCCGGGCUGCCAAAGAAGCAACUGAUGGAAAAGAUUCAUAUGCUACUCUCUCCCUGGGAAACUGGAACUACUUUGCUGCUGUGCGUUCUGAGAAAAGAGGUCCUAAAUUGGAAGCGACACAUCUGGAGAAGGCUAAAGAGCUCUACACUAAAGUUUUGGUUCAACGUCCUGCAAAUUUAUAUGCGGCAAAUGGUACUGGAGUGGUCUUAGCAGAAAAGGGCCAGUUUGAUGUUUCAAAAGAUAUUUUUACCCAGGUCCAAGAAGCUGCAAGUGGAAGUAUUUUCGUCCAAAUGCCUGACGUCUGGAUAAAUUUAGCUCAUGUUUAUUUUGCUCAAGGGCAGUUUGCUCAGGCCGUGAAAAUGUAUCAAAAUUGCUUGAGGAAAUUUUACUAUAAUACGGACACUCAAAUUCUUCUCUAUCUGGCCCGCACUCAUUACGAGGCUGAGCAUUGGCAAGACUGUAAAAAGACUUUGUUGAGAGCCAUCCACUUGGCACCAUCAAAUUACACUCUGCGGUUUGAUGCAGGAGUUUCAAUGCAAAAGUUUUCUGCGUCUACUCUACAGAAGACAAAGAGGACGGCUGAUGAGGUACGUGCAACAGUAGCAGAGUUGAAGAAUGCGGUCCGUGUGUUUAGCCAAUUAUCUGCAGCAUCCAGCCUUCAGUUCCAUGGGUUUGAUGAGAAGAAAAUAGAAACCCAUGUUGGAUACUGCAAGCAUUUACUUGAAGCUGCAAAGGUUCAUUGUGAAGCAGCUGAACGUGAAGAGCUCCAGAACCGGCAAAGACUAGAAGUUGCCCGUCAGGUGUCCUUAGCUGAGGAAGCCCGUCGAAAAGCCGAAGAACAACGAAAAUUACAGUUGGAAAAGAGAAAACAAGAAGACGAGUUGAAGCAAGUGAGGCAGCAGGAGGAGCAAUUCAGGCGUGUAAAGGAGCAAUGGAGGAGUAGCGCUCCUAGCAAGCGGAAGGAAAGAGCCAAUGCUGAUGAUGAAGAGGGUGGUGGAGAGAAGAGGAAGAAGAAAGGUGGGAAGAGAAGAAAGCAUGAAAAGAAAUCACAUUAUGAGAUGGAUGAUAAUGAAGCUGACAUGGGGGACGAGCACGAGGAAUAUACAAACGUAAAUACUCGUGAUACCAUGAAUCGAAUGAUGGAUGAUGAGGAUGAUAACGGGGAAGACGUUGCUCAAGAUCUUGCUGCAGCUGGGCUCGAGGACUCUGAUGUCGAAGAUGAAGCGGCUGCAUCUAAAGUAAACAAGCCGAGACAAGCAUGGUCAGAAUCUGACGAUGAUGAAGAGACAACACAGAGGCGGAGAGAAAUUUCAGCAGAUCCCCCGAGUGAUGGAGAAGUGAGAUGACACAUGGGCAUAAGAAAUGUUUCGGUAUCGGCGAUUCAGAUUCCAACAGGAGAAAUAUGGCCCCUGUUGCACUUGACUCAUCUCUAUUUUUGUAAUGCUUUUGUCUAAGCAACACUUAUUUUGUAACUUGGGGUAGCGAGUAUUUAUAACGAAGGUUGUAAUCUUAUAGCGGAUCAUCCGAAAAUGUCAGAAGAAUUUGUAAUAUAUACUUUCUUUUUGUAAAGUUGCGGGCAGAACAGAAGAUUUUGGACUUGGUUUUGUGUUGCAAGAUGUUGAUUAAAUCAAAUCACACUAGCUUUUAAAAGCA